AAGGAAAUGAAUGCUACUAACGAUGCAGAGAAGCACAGACAGCGUCAAGAGAAGUUGGCUGCGUGGAAACAAAAGAAGUUACAGAAGGGUAAUGCUGACGAUGAUGAUAAAAAACGUAAAAGAUUAGAAUUGUGGAGGAUAAAGAGACUCGGGAAAUCUACCGACUCAAGUAGUCCAACAAAGCUGGCAACUGAUGGGGCUCCUAAAGCAAAGGUAAUGCCUACUUUGAAAUUAACGAAGGUGCAGAAGCCGAAGAUUGAUACUGCUAAACGAUCGAUUUUUGGUGAUGAAGAUGAAGAAGACGAUACGAGACCAAAGUUCAAAAAACCCACUUUGGGAACCGAGGAAACCCCAAAAAAAGCUACUGAUGAAGAGGAGGAUAUUGACUUGGACAUGUUUAUCGAGAGCAUCAGCAAGAAUGAUACGCCAACAAAAGUAGUUUUGCAGUCGGAUAAUGAACACGAAGACGAAGACUUUGAAGAGGAUUCCGAUACUCAAAACGAUAUACUAUCAUCUAAACUCAAGAAGUUACAGGAGAGAGAAAAGGCCCUCGAGACCGUUGACCAUAGUUCCAUUGACUAUAAGCCCUUCAGGAGGGUAUUUUACAAACCACCAAAAGAAUUUGAAUCUUUAUCAUCUGAUGAGAUAACGAAAAUACGACAAGAUAUCAAGGUGAAAGGUGUUGACUGCCCACUUCCCAUCACAAAAUGGUCACAACUCGGUCUACCUUUGAGUAUAUUAUCGAUUUUUAAGACCCUCAACUAUGAAACUCCUUCUCCAAUUCAAUGUCAAGCAUUACCAACUAUCAUGUCAGGAAGAGAUAUAAUUGGAGUAGCUAAAACUGGGUCAGGAAAGACUCUUUCAUUUGUUUUGCCUAUGAUUAGGCAUGUACAAGAUCAGGAUCCAUUGCAAGAAGGAGAUGGGCCAAUUGCUUUGAUAUUGACACCAACUCGAGAAUUAGCUUUUCAGGUUAACAAAGAAAUCUCGAACUUCAGCAAGUCUGUCAGCUCAUGCUGUUGUUAUGGGGGGUCAAGUAUAGAAUCCCAGAUUGCCGAACUAAAGAAAGGAGUGCAGGUCAUUGUGGGAACUCCUGGUAGAGUAAUCGACUUAUUGACCGUGAAUAGUGGUAGAGUCACUAACUUGAAAAGAGUAACAUAUUUGGUUUUGGAUGAAGCAGAUAGAAUGUAUGAUAUGGGGUUUGAACCUCAAGUCAAAAAGAUUAUAUCACAGGUGAGGCCUGAUAGACAAACAGUGCUAUUUUCGGCUACAUUUCCCAGAAAAUUGGAGAAAUUGGCUAAACAUGGAUUGAAUAAUCCAGUAGAAAUAAUUGUUGGCGGAAUCAACAUAGUGGCCAGUGAAAUCAAACAAAAGUUAGAAUUGUUCGAAGUUGGUUCCUUAAAUGAAGAGGAAGUCAAUCGUAUAAAAUUCAUGAAACUUGUCGAGGUUAUUGAUGGAUUCAUCAAGGAGAACGAGAAUUCAAAAGUGUUGAUUUUCGUUGAAAAACAAGACCUGGCAGAUCUGUUAAUGGUUCAAUUAAUCUCCAGUGACUACAAUUGUGUUUCCCUUCAUGGGGGUAAAGAUCAAAUUGAUCGGAAAUUUGCUAUCAAAGAGUUCUCGUCUCCAGAUUCUGGGCUUGACAUUUUGAUUGCAACCUCUAUUGCAGCAAGGGGCCUAGACGUAAAGGGCUUGGAUCUAGUCAUUAACUAUGAUGCUCCUAGCCAUUUAGAAGAUUACAUCCAUAGGGUGGGAAGAACUGGAAGAGCUGGAAAGAACGGUACAGCGAUUACGUUCAUUACAGACCAACAGGACAGAGCUAUAGCCGACAUAAUUAAGGUUCUUACUCCACCAAUUGAUCCCAGGUUGAACAAAAUCAGUGAAGAGUUCAUUGCCAAGGUUAAGAGUGGGAAAGAGAAGUACUCUUCUGGAUUUGGUGGUAAAGGUUUAGAAAAGCUUCAACAGCAAAGAGACAGCACCAAGGAUUUAGAGCGUCAAACAUACGAAGAGAAGUCCUCCACAUCCGUGAGUGUAUCCACCACACCCAUUUCUACCACCAAACCUGCAACAGAAGAGCUUACUAGCAAUUUACCUGAUUUUGAUAUUGUGGAGGGCAUUCCAUCAGAUUCUUCAGGUCCCGACAGAUCGAAGUUCCAUUCUCGUAUUACAAUCAACGAUCUUCCUCAAACGGUGCGGUGGUUUGUUUCCAACGGAGAGAGCAUUUCAAAGAUCAUUGAAUCUACAUCUACAUCUAUUACCCAUAAGGGUCAAUUCUAUGCGAACGGUAAAGCCAAAAAAGAUGGGCCUCCAAAAUUGUACUUGCUUGUGGAAGGAUUGACUCAUGGAGCGGUUCAAGAGGCGAAUGAGAUGAUCAAACAGCGGAUGAUCGAAGGUUUACAAACAGCAAAUCAAUCAGGUUCAACUGGUAGGUAUACUGUUUAA